UCCAGUUAACCGGACGCUUAUUCAACAACAACAACAGCAGCUAGUCAGCCACCACGGUAGCUUGCUAGCCAACAUAGCCGAAGCAUUGGAUAUCUUUAGAUCAUUUCCUUCUAUAUUAGCCACUGUGUUUUAAAACCACUUCUGUCGUCGUAAAGUUAGCUAGUUACCCCCUUUCAUUUCAUAUUUACGUUGCUAUAGCUAGCUGGGUAGCUAAAACAGCCUAGUCGCUCAGGCUAACUAACUUGCCAACCUCUCUGAGCAUGAGUUUACUAAAAUACUCUCCAUCUGCUAAAGAAGAGGGUGUCUGCUGGACGGUGAAAGAAGCUCUGGGGCUGGACAUUGUCGUAAAAGAGGAGGAGGAAGAGGAUGUUCCAGUGAAAAAAGAAAAUAAAGAAAUUCCUGUGAAAGAAGAGGAAGGAGAGUUCAGAGUGAAAGAGGAGGAGGAUGUUACUGUGAACGAAGAGGAGAAAGAGAAGGAACAGGAUACCGUUUUUGGAGUGAAGGAGGAGGGGGAGAUAACUGUCACAUUGAAAGAGGAGGAUGAGACUGGAGAUCUGAUUAACACCGAAGAGAGACCAGACUCUCACUCUGACAGCGCGGAGAGUCCUUCAGGGGAACCAGAUGCAGAGACGUCCAAACCAGCGAGACGAUACCACUGUUCCCAGUGUGGAAAGAGUUUUACUCAGUUAAGGGGCCUGAAAAUGCAUCGGAGAAUACACACAGGAGAUACACCUUACCACUGUAUCCACUGUGGAAAGAGUUUUAGAUGGUUAGGAAGCCUAAAGGACCAUAAGAGAAUACACACAGGAGAGAAGCCUCACCACUGCUCCGAGUGUGGAAAGCGUUUUACCCGAUUACUACACCUGACAUCACAUCAAAGGACACACACAGGAGAAAAGCCUUUCCCAUGUUCCCAGUGUGGAAAGGGUUUUACCCAGUUAGGGAGCCUGAAGGAGCAUGAGAGAAUACACACAGGAGAAAGCCCUUUUCCAUGCUCCCAGUGUGGAAAGAGUUUUACCCGUUUAAGGAGCUUGAAGGGGCAUGAGAGGACACACACAGGAGAAAGGCCUUUCCAAUGUUCCCAGUGUGGAAAGGGUUUUAACCGAAUAGGGAGUCUGAAGGAGCAUGAGAGGACACACACAGGAGAAAAGCCUUUCCAAUGUUCUCAGUGUGGAAAUAGAUUUACCCGGUUAGGGAACCUGAAAGGGCAUGAAAGAAUACAUACAAAACCACAGGAGGAGGAGGAGGAGGAGAAGAAAUACCAUUGCUCUCAUUGUGGAAAGAAAUUUUUCAGAUCAGAGGACCUGAAAACACAUGAGAGGAUAGAGAGGCUGUGUUCUGACUUAAGUUUUUGACUGAGAAUGUGUGUUUUUGUUCAUGCUACAUGAAAUCAAAUUGUAAAUGCAAAAGCUUGCUAAAAAAUAGGCCUACAUUUGUUUUUCAUUUUUAACCUCGAGGCAUACAGGAUGGUUCUCAAUAUGCAUACGUUCUCUUGAGUACUUUCUUGUGAGGAUGAAUGUGGAGAAGGCAUAAAACAUUUGAUUUGAGAAGCAAUCACACCCCCCGCACUGUGUUACAUCACGCUGCAUCUCCCCAUUCACUGAGCCUUCUUCCAGCCAGGACAAUGGAAACAAUAGAGAUGAAAAAAAGAUAGACACAAAGCAAAUCUUUUACUUCAUAAUUAUCAGCUAGAUAUAUGUGAAUCGUAAUCUAACUAUCCAUCUAGCUAGUAAACAGGCAAAAAUGAUCUAAAACGAAUGUUAUGCAAGGUAGAUGUCAAUUCUUCAUGGUUUGCUAGCUAGCCAGUUAGUCCUAUUGACUUACACUGAACCUUGCUUUUUCUAGGCAGGACAAUGGCAAGAGACGAAACAAGAUAUACACAAAGCAAAUGUUUUACUUCAUAACUAUCAGCUUGCUAUAUGUGAAUCGUAGUAAUAUAUAUAUAUAUUUUUCUUUUUACCUUUAUUUAACCAGGCAAGUCAGUUAAGAACACAUUCUUAUUUUCAAUGACGGCCUGGGAACAGUGGGUUAACUGCCUGUUCAGGGGCAGAACGACAGAUUCGUACCUUGUCAGCUCGGGGAUUUGAACUUACAACCUUCCGGUUAAUAGUCUAACGCUCUAACCACUAGGCUACCCUAUAACAAGCAAAAAUGACCUAAAACCAAUGUGAUCAAGGUAGAUGUCAAUUCUUUGUGGGUAGCUAGCUAACAAUUCUUUGUGGCUAUCUGGCUAGCUAACAGUAGUAGCUAGCAUGUUAUCUCUAUUGAUUUACUAUGGGCUUAGGACCUACGCACACUACAGUGGGUAUUGUAGGCAGGUAACCAUGCCAAAAUUAACACUGCGUGUAUUUAUUCACGUAGCAAGAUAAAAUAUUGCAGCCAGGCAACAUAUGAGAUGUGAAUAGGCAACAUUUCAUUCCAAAGUUGGAGUAUAUUUUCUCUUUCUUCAGCUCAAAUAAUGGUCUCCAUUGAGUUCAAGAAAAUUUGAGAAACAUCUACGGUGUCUUCAGAAAGUAUUCGCACCCUUUGACUUUUUCCACAUUUUCUUGUUACAAAAUGAGAUUAAAGUGGAUUUAGUUGUCAACAAUUGACACAAAAUAAUCAGUCAAAGUGGAAGAAAAUGUGUUACUUUUUAUUAAUGGAAAAUAAGACACUAAUAUAGGUUGGUAGGCCUCCUUGCUCGCACACGCUUUUUCAGUUCUGCCCACAAGUUUUCUAUAGGAUUGAGGUCAAGGCUUUGUGAAGGCCACUCCAAUACCUUGACUUUGUUGUCCUUUAGCCAU